UCUUAAGUGUUCUUUAAAUAACCUUUCAAUUGUAAAAUUGUUUUUAGCAACUUAAACAUAAAAUAUCCCCUUCCUAUCUUGAACCAGUUUUGCCUCAAAUUUUCACAAUAUAACUACUUUGAUCUGGAAAUUCCCCUAUGGUAGAGCACUCAGAGACUGGAUACAAUGUAAUACCCUUUCAUAUGCAGAGGGGAAGGGUAAAUUUGACAGAAACUUACCAGUUAAUAUAGUACCACCUAAAAACAUCCCAGCACUCCGGGCUAUGCAGCCGGAAGGUCUGAAGUUCAAAGCAACUUGUGCUACAAACAAACAGCACCAUUUGUAUGCACACACUAGGUGUACCCAGUGAUAUUAUGAGAACUAUGUAAAUAGAGGCAUUAUUUCCUCCAAAUACUAUCUGCUCUGUACUUAAAGGGUGUAAUGAGCAGGCCAGGUCAGCAAACCCUUGCAAAGCUGAACUUGUUCUUCACAAUUAUACAUUUAAAAAAGAAAAUUAGAAAACAGAGAUGCUCCGUGGCUAAAGAUUCCUUCUUGCCAAGUCUGAGAACCUGAGCUUGCUCUCUGGAACCCAUGUAGUGGAAGGAAAGAAUUAGAUCCCAAAAGUUGUCCAGCCCUCACACAUACAUGCACAAUUUUUUUUAUGUAAUUAUUUACUGUGAUGCCUGUCAUUAUAUAAUGUGUGAUUUGGAUGUUUGUGAACUUAAUUGUAAAUUACAGAAGCUCCUUCCACAGUAUCAAAGCUCUGGCAGCUAUUUCUAGUCAAGUCUUACAUAGAAAAUAUAUCUUGACUUUAAGUAGAGAUUAUAGUCUAUGUCUUCGUAAUUCAGAAGGUAAGGAAUGAUUUGGGCAGAAUAAGUCUCUCUGGCUAUAUAGAUUCAUGUUUUCUUCAGUUUUGUCAAAAUCGUCCUCCAGGUCAUAAUGUAGAGGCUUCUGAUUUAAGUGGAAUUACAGAUCUUCCUCGCUUGAAUAAGAACUAAAAAACUGGCAGCUUACAGGAUAUUAAUAAGUCAGCGGAAAGAAGAAAUAUGAAUACGGCUCCAUCAAGACCCAGCCCCACACGAAGGGAUCAAUAUGGUUUUGGAGAUAGUCGAGAUACAAGGCGUGAUCGCUCUCCAAUUCGAGGAAGUCCAAGGCGAGAAUCCAGGGAUGGCAGAAAUGGACGGGAUGCCCGGGAUAGCAGAGACAUUCGAGACCCUCGGGAGUUGCGGGACCACAGAGACAGCCGGGACAUUCGGGAUCACAGAGACAGCAGAAAUAUACGUGAUGCUAGGGACCUGAGGGAUUUUCGGGACUUCCGUGAUCUAAGAGACUCUAGAGAUUUUCGAGAUCAUCGAGACCCUGUGUAUGACAGAUACAGAGACAUAAGAGACUCCCGAGACCCUCUGUACAGGAGAGAAGGGUCUUAUGACCGCUAUCUGAGGAUGGAUGACUAUUACCGGAGAAAGGAUGACUCUUACUUGGACCGGUACAGAGACAGCUUUGACGGAAGAGGCCCUCGUGCAAAAGAGCGUUUGAAACGUGAGGAACGACGUAGAGAGGAGCUUUAUCGUCAGUAUUUUGAGGAGAUCCAGCGGCGCUUUGAUGCUGAGAGGCCUGUGGACUGCUCUGUUAUUGUGGUCAACAAACAGACUAAAGACUAUGCUGAGUCUGUGGGGCGGAAGGUACGAGACCUGGGCAUGGUUGUGGACCUGAUCUUCCUCAACACCGAGGUGUCGCUCUCACAAGCGCUGGAGGACGUCAGCCGAGGAGGGUCCCCCUUUGCCAUUGUCAUCACCCAGCAGCACCAGAUCCACCGCUCGUGCACAGUCAACAUCAUGUUUGGAACUCCACAAGAGCAUCGCAACAUGCCCCAGGCAGAUGCCAUGGUGCUGGUGGCCAGAAAUUAUGAGCGCUACAAGAAUAACCGUCGGGAGAAGGAACGUGAGGAGAUUGCCCGACAGGCAGCCAAGAUGGCUAAUGAAGCCAUUCUCCAGGAAAGAGAUCGUGGAGGCCCUGAGGAGGGAGGUCGUGGGGGGCACCCUCCAGCCAUCCAGAGCCUCAUCAACCUCCUGGCAGACAACAGAUACCUCACUGCCGAGGAAACAGACAAGAUCAUCAACUACCUGCGGGAGCGGAAGGAGCGGCUCCUGAGGAGCAGCGCCGACUCUCUGCCUGGCCCGAUUUCCCGCCAGCCACUCGGGGCGGCCUCGGGUACCUCGCUGAAGACACAAGCAAGUUCCCAACCGCUUCAGAGCGGCCAAGUGCUCCCCUCUGCUACACCCACUCCAGCCGCACCCCCCACCUCCCAGCAAGAGCUUCAGGCCAAAAUCCUCAGCCUCUUCAAUAGUGGCACGGUUGCGGCCAACAGCAGCUCUGCAUCCCCCUCAGUUGCUGCCGGAACCUCCCAGAACCAGAAUUUUUCCACAGCAGCAAACAGCCAGCCUCAGCAAAGACCACAGGCCUCAGGAAACCAGCCUCCAAACAUUGUGGGACAGGCAGGGUCUGCUCGGAACAUGGGCCCCAGGCCUGGGGCUCCUCCUUCCCAAGGGCUCUUUGGUCAGCCUUCCAGUCGCCUGGCACCUGCCAGCAACAUGGCUAGCCAGAGGUCUGUCUCUUCCACAGGUAUUAACUUUGACAAUCCGAGUGUGCAGAAGGCUCUGGACACCCUGAUCCAGAGUGGCCCUGCCCUCUCCCACCUGGUUAGCCAGACUGCAGCACAGGUGGCACGGCCCCAGGCCCCCAUGGGCUCUUACCAGAGGCAUUACUGAGGCUCCAGCGGUCCACUGUCCUUAGUCCCUUUCCCUCCCACUUCAUCCUAAGUAGAGAUGUUUGGAAGUGGUGUUCACACUCUCCGGAGGGGUCGACAUCAGAUAUCCUAAGUUUCUCGCUCCGCUCCUUCCUGCGGCUGUUGCUUACCACUUAACAGAAUCAGAACUUAGACUGCUCUCGGAGCUGUAUCUUUUGUUUGGGUAGAAAAUAAGUAUCCCUGGAGUCUAGGCUCAGCUUUUGUCUGAUGGGGUUGCUCUGGUCCCUGCUUGGUGGAUUUGAAGGAAAAAAAGGAAGAAGCCAAACCCUGGCUGCCCCAGUUUUUGGAGCACCAUUUGUGGAGUCAGUGGUCACAGCCUUUGUCUCCACCUCCACACAUGUGCUAGAACUGAGCUGCCCGGCUCACAGAGGAUCAGGUUGGCCUCAGCAGGCAGUGUCAUCACUGUCUCAUCAGAGAACGGAACUCCACUCAAGGACUCAGAUUGGCUACUCGGAAUUGGGGAAGAGCGCCAUGGCAGCCACAGAAGAGAGGACUCUUGUGCCUGCGUCAGAAUGGUCCCUUGGGGGUUGGUUGGUUUUGUAGUUUUCCAUUUUCUUGGAGGGUCUCCAGAUGAGUGAGCGGCUCACUCAGCACUUUGACGUGAACUGGGACUGGGACCCACUGCUCCCCACAGCGUUAGUCAGCACCUUCUGUCCAGCAGCACCCGGUCGGUCGGUCGGUCGGUAAGCACUGAGAGGGCAGCUCCAGACUCGGGCACUGGACACCAUGUUUCCAGUGGUUUCUUCUUUGCCCCAGGCUUUUGUGUUCCUCCAGACCCCUGUUCCCUUUCUGAUGAGUAGGGACCAUUUGAUGUGGGACUGUGGGGCUGGAGAUGUCCUCAGACAGCAUUCGUAACUUCUGAGACAGAGGGCACUUGGGCACUUGGAGGGCUCUGGCUGCCACCUUGAAUGGAGCCAAAGGAAUGCACCUUUUCCUUUGGCAAAGACUGCUCAUUAGAACCCUGUGGAUCAAAUCUGGGGGAGAGGAGGGCCUGGCAAGGCAAGCAAAUGGUAGCUCCAGCUGAGUCCCUUGCCAGGGCCUGAGCAAACCAGUUUCAAAAUCCAAGGUCCCCAAAUGGCAGCAGUUUAUGUUCUGAUCUGUUCGUGUUAAAUGGUGGGUUUUUCCCCCUCUUUGGAACUCUUGUGUUGUUGAUAAAAUGAAAUAAUUACUUUUUAAUUAAAAUAAGAAAGUCAGA